UCUGUUACUACUAAAUAGAGUAACUAGACAUUUCCCUCUCGCUUGGAGUUAGUUGUUGUUCUUCCUCCGGUAUGAAUGAUCCUGUGGGUGCGGAGACCGAUAUGAUGGACGCAAGCAAAGAACAAACCCCAGCUGCACACCGCCCCUAUACUACGUGUAUAUAAACUGCACAACCGUCCGCGGCUUCUCAAAUUAAAGCAUCUAUAUAUCAGUAGUGUAUUGCGCGCAGUAGCUAGCCGGAUCAUUCAGCAGGGCCUUAAUCAAGAGGCCGGCCGGCGAUCCAGAUAAGCAUUAGCACGUGACAUGGCAGCGAACCUGAAGCCCGUGGCCUUGCUGCUGCUGCUGCUCAACUUGUGCAUGUACAUCAUCCUCGCCAUCAUUGGCGGCUGGGCGGUCAACGUCGCCAUCGACCGCGGCUUCAUCAUAGGUCCCGAGCUGCGGCUUCCAGCGCAUUUCCACCCGAUCUUCUUCCACAUCGGGAACUUCGCCACCGGCUUCUUCGUUGUGUUCUCCCUGAUCGCCGGCGCCGUCGGGAUCGCCUCCGGCAUCGUGGGCUUCACCCACCUCCACUUCUGGAACUACCACAGCCUGCAGCCCGCGGCGGCGCUCGGUCUCCUUGCGUGGGCGCUCACCGUCCUAGCCAUGGGGCUAGCUUGUCAGGAGAUCUCGUUUGGUCGAAGAAAUGCGAAGCUGGGAACCAUGGAGGCCUUCACGAUCGUCUUGACAGUGACGCAGUUCUUCUACGUCGUCGCCAUCCACGGGGGAAGUCACGGAGCCGUCCCAGUGGAGCGGCGCAGCAACUUUGCAUGAUCGGGCCGGGAGGGUGCAUCCAAGUUCAACACGUGGAACAAGAAAGCAGGGAAAUAUGGUGCUUUGCUAGUGCUUGCUUUAUUCCUUUUGGCACAAGUAAAUAUUCUUUGAGUGUGAUUGGAGAGAAAUGUUUGCGUUCGUACUAUGUACGAUCUCGUCGUGGGCACAUCACCGCCCGUUUUCAUUUUUUAUAUUUAUAUUUAUUUAUUUAU